AUGAAAAAACCUGAAUAUUUUAUUGCUCUUUCUUUUGCUAGCUUCUCUCUUGGCUGCAUUUGUUGCUCUCAUUUUCACUCAAGUCUUCAUUUAAUAUUUUCUUUGUGCAUUGCAACUUCAUUUGCUUCCAACUUAUAUCUACAGAUUCUGCAGCUCUCUUUUCUCUUCCAAUACUGCCUUUUACACCUUCUUCUUGCAUCCUUUCCUCUCUGGCUUUUUACAUCCUUCUUUCAUUGUUUCAUUCAUUGGGUUUCUUUAUGCACUCCAUUUUCCUCUAAAAGGUUUCUUUUCUUUGUAUGUCAUUCUCCUUUUGUUUCUUUUCUAGUUUGUACUUCUUGCAUCUCUACUUCCUUAUUUCCAUGCCUGAUUUCUUCUUGCACUCACUGCCUUCAUUACUUUUUGUAUCCAUCCCCGUCUCUCCAUUUCUUGUUCUUCCUUCUUGUGUCCUCACCUCUCCUUUCCUUCUCGUGUCCUACCCCCCAAUCUCCUUUCCUUCUCGUGUCCUACCCCCCCCAAUCUCCUUUCAAAUCUCCUUUCCUUCCCCCACAAUCUCCUUUCCCCCUCGUGUCCCCCCCCCAAUCUCCUUUCCUUCUCUCUGUCCUACCCCCCCCAUCCCAAAUCUCCUUUCCUUCCCCCAUCUCUGUCCUACCCCCCACCCCCCAAUCUCCUUUCCUUCUCUGUCUCCCCCCCCCCCAAUCUCCUUUCCUUCUCUCUGUCCUACCCCCACCCAAAUCUCCUUUCCUUCUCUCUGUCCCUACCCCCCACCCAAAUCUCCUUUUCCUUCUCUCUGUCCUACCCCCCACCCCAAAUCUCCUUUCCUUCUCUCUGUCCCACCCCCCCACCCAAAUCUCCUUUCCUUCUCUCUGUCCUACCCCCCCCACCCAAAUCUCCUUUCCUUCUCUCUGUCCCCCCCCACCCAAAUCUCCUUUCCUUCUCGUGUCCCUACCCCCCACCAAAUCUCCUUUCCUUCUCAUGUCCCUACCCCCACCCAAAUCUCCUUUCCUUCUCGUGUCUACCCCCCACCCAAAUCUCCUUUCCUUCUCGUGUCCCUACCCCCCACCCAAAUCUCCUUUUCCUUCUCGUGUCCCACCCCCACCCAAAUCUCCUUUCCUUCUCGUGUCCCUACCCCCCCCCCAAAUCUCCUUUCCUUCUCUCUGUCCCACCCCCCCCCAAAUCUCCUUUCCUUCUCGUGUCCCACCCCCCACCCAAAUCUCCUUUCCUUCUCUGUCCUACCCCCCACCCAAAUCUCCUUUCCUUCUCGUGUCCCACCCCCCCCCCAAAUCUCCUUUCCUUCUCUCUGUCCUACCCCCCAUCUCCUUUCCUUCUCUCUGUCCUACCCCCCCAUCUCUCCCUCUCUCAUGCCCACCAAUCUGCCUGAUCUCUCUUCUUUCCCUACUUUACCAUUUUCCUAUUCUUGCAACUCUCCCUUUGUCCUCUUUUUCUUCUAUUUGCCUGUCUCACUCUUGUCCCUUCUUUAUUCUCCAUUUUGUUUUAUCUGGGGGUUCGUCUCCAAUCCCUAAUCUCAAGCAAAAUCCACCCCUACCUUCCUCACUCUUUCCCUCAGUGGAUAGUUUGACUCCAUUUCCGGUGUUUGUCUUAUCAUACUCUUCCAUCUUCACUAACAAGCCUCAUAGCACCCUUCCCCAACUCCUCAGUAACCCCCACAACCGCCGCCACCACCAAUUGCCAACUUUCUAUGAUACCCUAUUUGGGCGAGGCCCUCAGGUUCCAAACCAUCUGCAAAUCAUUGUACUGUCAUGUAUUGUCUGCUUUUGCAAUCAGUGUUCUUCCUUUUGGAAUAAACACUUGGCUAUCUUCUUGUUGUCUGGCAUUGUUGCCACACUUCCUUUUAUCCAUCUAUGUCUCUCUAUCUUUACAUCUAUCUUUAUCUGUUGUUGCAUGAGAAUUUUUAUCUCUAUCUUUAUCUCUAUCUUUAUCUCUAUCUUUAUCUCUCCUCUUUAUCUCUAUCUUUAUCUCUCUAUUUAUCUCUCUAUCUUUACUCUUUUUUAUCUUUUUUUUUUCUUUUUUAUCUUUUUUUUCUCUCUAUCUUUUUUUUUUUUCUUUUUUUUAUCUCUGUUUUUUUUUUUAUCUUUCUUUUUCUUUUUUUUUUCUUUUUUUUUUUUCUUUUCUUUUCUUUUUUUCUUUAUCUUCUUUUUAUCUUUUCUUUUUUCUUUUUCUUUUCUUUUCUUUUUUCUAUCUUUUAUCUUUUCUUUUUUUAUCUUUUCUUUUUCUUUUCUUUCUUUUUUUUUUUCUUUUCUUUUUCUUUUUAUUUUCUUUUUUUUCUUUCUUUUUUUUCUUUUCUUUUUUUUUUCUUUUCUUUUUUUUCUUUUUUUUUUUUUUUUUCUCUCUAUCUUUAUCUCUCUUUUUUUUCUCUCUCUCUUUCUUUCUUUCUCUCUCUAUCUUUAUCUCUCUAUCUUUAUCUCUCUAUCUUUAUCUCUCUAUCUUUAUCUCUCUAUCUUUAUCUCUCUAUCUUUAUCUCUCUAUCUUUAUCUCUCUAUCUUUAUCUCUCUAUCUUUAUCUCUCUAUCUUUAUCUCUCUAUCUUUAUCUCUCUCUCUCUCUAUUUCUCUCUCUCUCUCUUUUAUCUCUCUCUCUCUCUUCUCUCUCUCUCUUAUCUCUCUCUCUUUAUCUCUUUUUAUCUCUCUAUCUCUCUGUCUUUAUCUCUCUCUUUAUCUCUAUCUUUAUCUCUCUCUUUAUCUUCUCUCUCUCUCUCUCUCUUUAUCUCUCUCUCUCUGUUUUAUCUCUCUCUCUCUCUUUAUCUCUCUCUUUAUCUCUCUUUAUUUCUCUCUCUCUAUCUCUCUCUUCUUUAUCUCUAUCUUAUCUCUCUAUUUUAUCUCUCUCUCUCUCUGUUUUAUCUCUCUUUAUCUCUCUUUAUCUCUUUUAUCUCUCUCUCUUUAUCUUCUCUAUCUUUAUCUCUCUCUCUUUCUCCUCUCUUUAUCUCUAUCUUUCUCUCUCUCUCUCUCUUUCUCUCUAUCUUUCUCUCUCUCUCUUUAUCUCUCUCUCUUCUUUCUCUUUAUCUCUCUCUCUUUAUCUCUCUCUUUAUCUCUCUUUUUAUCUCUAUCUUUUAUCUCUCUUUAUCUCUCUCUUUAUCUCUCUCUUUAUCUCUCUCUUUAUCUCUAUUUUUAUCUCUUUUUAUCUCUUUUUUAUCUUUUUUCAUUUUUAUCUCAUUUUUAGAAAUUUUUAUCUCUAUUUUAUCUCUCUAUCAAUAUUAG